ACGUUUAGACAGCCCCGGUACUUAUUUACAGCUGAAUAAGAUAGCUCUACAAAGUUCAGUUAACGCUGGCUAACACAAAAUGUCUUGUUCGCCCUGCACUGGCGGUGAAAGUCUGUCUUUGAUUUCCUCUAAACUUAUGCACCCGAGAGACUAAAGCUGCAGCAGCAGGCCACUCCUAAUCCUACUCACUCCGGAAGAAUGUCCCCUUUGAGCCACUGUGAUACCUGCUGGUUACUCCCACAGAUUCUUCAGGAUUGGCUGGAACUGCAAAUAAAACCCUGUUUGCCUGUAAUCAGGUCGAUAAUAUAAAUGAAGGCAGGCACCUGUUCUCAGGCUACAACUGUGGCACUUACUCUUUCUUCCUAAACAUUUCCAUGAAAGACCUGGGAAGGACCGACCCAUUGUCUCUGGCCAGAAAAGAAGAUCUUUAAGGAAGAAAAGGCCCAAAAUGGGAUUGCAGAGCUCCAAAAAUCCCACAGGCAAGCAAGCCCACAUUCUUCUUCUGGGACUUGACUCGGCUGGGAAAUCUACCCUGCUGUACAGGUUAAAGCUUGCUGAGACUUUCACUACCAUCCCAACCAUCGGCUUCAACGUGGAAAUGGUCCAGCUUCCCAGCGGUCUUCCGCUCACCGUGUGGGAUGUUGGAGGACAGGAAAAGAUGCGAACUGUCUGGGACUGCUACUGUGAGAACGCAGACGGGCUAGUGUACGUGGUGGACUGUUCUGACGACAAGCGGCGACUCGAGGACUCCCGCAGAGAGUUCAAGCACAUUUUGAAGAAUGAACACAUAAAAAACGCGCCGGUCGUCAUAUUAGCCAACAAACAAGACUUGCCCGGCGCUCUGAGCGCAGAGGACAUCACCAGGAUGUUCAAGGUGAAGAAGCUGUGCAGCAACCGAAACUGGUACGUGCAGCCCUGUUCUGCAGUCACCGGAGAAGGGCUGGAUGCCGGCUUCAGGAAAUUAACCGAGUUUGUGAAAAGCCACCUGAAGACAAGAGACACUUUAGCAUUCUUCAAGCAGAAAUGAGGCUGCGGGGCCGUCUCAGCCUCAGAAAGACAAUGAUGUCGUGGAAAUGGGAAUUCUGUUUUAUUUCCCAUGUACAGUGAAAAAGUGAGUUACUGAGUUACUAAACUUUUCCGGAGGUUGAUUUCACCCCGUCCAGCUAAAGAAGGAACUUUAUAGAAAACUAUGGGGUAAUGGUCAUUGAGAUGGAAGAAUUUAUUUUUUGAAAAGGUUAACGUGUUGGAUGAUUUGAAAGUCAUGUUUCGAACUGGAUAAAUGUUUACU